GUAGAUAACCAAGCGACGCUUUCUGUUUGUUUCCAAGAAACUUGCUGCAUAAAUGUCACUCCCUGUCGGCGACUUUAUUUUAGCAUUAUCAUAGCUCAGAAAAGCAUGGCUGUUUUCAGUUUAAGAAACAAUCACAGGAGGCGAUAUGUAAUUCUGUUUUUGAGUCUCGCGUGCUUUAUAAUAUACCGACACUUCAGAGGUUCGACAGCGAAGAUAAGGAUAAAUCGAUCAGUGGGUCUAGGAGUAAACUCUUCCCAAUUCACUCUAGGAGGAGAGCCGUUCCGUAUUUUGGGAGGCUCUUUACACUACUUCCGCUUGCCCAGAGCCUACUGGAAGGAUCGGAUGGUGAAAAUGAAAGCCUGUGGUCUCAACACUCUCACUGUUGAUGUGCCAUGGUCUCUCCAUCAGCCAGAGAAAGGAGAAUUACGCUUCCACGGAGGCCUUGAUAUAGAAGCUUUCCUUCACUUGGCUGCAGAGGUUGGACUUUGGGUAAUUUUACGGCCAGGACCAUACAUAGGCUCUGACCUUGACCUUGGAGGCUUGCCCAGCUGGCUUUUGCGUGAUAGAGAGAUGAUGCUGAGAACCACUUACCCAGGAUUCAUAGCGGCUCUAAACGUGUACUUCGACAAGCUCAUUCCCAAAGUGGUGCCUUUCCAGUUCAAGAAGGGUGGGCCUAUCAUUGCUGUUCAAGUGGAGAACACAUAUGGAUCACAUGCAAGAGAUGCAAACUACAUGCCCUUUAUCAAAGAGGCUCUACAAGAAAGGGGCAUCAGUGAAGUUCUCCUAACAUCAGACGACCACGAGGGUCUAAAAUAUGGUGGAGUCAACGGAGCUUUAAGAACUCUAAAUCUUCAGAAAAUGAAUCAUGACGACAUCAAAUAUCUGGAAACAGUCCAGCCCAACAGUCCUGUGCUGGUGAUGGAGCUCUGGACGGGGAGGUGUGAUGGAUGGGGCGGAUUACACCAUAGUUUUCCUGCAGAGGACCUGAUUGCUGUAGUGAGAGAGGUGCUGAGACGGGGAAUGUCCAUCAAUCUGUACAUGUUCUACGGAGGGACAAACUUUGGCUUUAUGAAUGGAGCGCUGGCCUACCCAUCCUACAAAUCUCUGGUCACAAGUUACGAUUAUGACGCUCCUCUGUCAGAAGCUGGAGAUUACACACCAAAAUACCAUCUUCUCAGAGAUCUCCUCAGCAAUUUUAACAAGGAAAUCCUCCCUGAGAUGCCUGGCCUCCACUGGAAAGAAGAAUAUGAGACGGCAAUUUUGUUUCAGCACCUCUCACUGUGGGACGCUCUGCCAUACACACACAAGCCUUUUAAAUCACAGUUCCCUGUUAAUAUGGAGAAUCUGCCUGUGAAUAACGGUAAUGGCCAGGCAUAUGGAUACACCCUCUAUGAGACCACCAUCACCAGAGGAGGCUCUUUAAAAUCAGGAAGCAACAUCCAAGACAGAGCGCUGGUUUUUGUGAACCAAACUUUCAUUGGCAUUUUUCACCACCGGAAUUUAGAAUUAGCUGUUCCUGAUGGAAAGGGGAAACGCACUCUGAGUCUGCUGGUGGAGAACUGCGGCCGUGUGCAUCACGGUAAAGACAUGGAUGACCAGCGCAAAGGUAUUGUUGGGGACAUUUUAUUAAAUCAUACACCACUUACAGACUUCACAAUAUAUAGCCUGGAUAUGACUUCUGGCUUUAUUGACAGCUUGUACAGGGCACCUUGGAAGUCCGUCACUAACAAACCUAGCUUCCCAGGCUUUUUCCAGGGCAGGUUAUUCGUGAAUGGAUAUCCCAGUGACACUUUCAUGAAGCUGCCAGGUUGGAGUAAAGGUGUAGUCUUCAUUAAUGGGCAAAACAUUGGACGGUACUGGGAUGCUGGACCACAGCAAGCUCUGUUUCUACCAGGACCCUUCCUCAACAGUGGAAUGAACCAAGUGAUUGUGUUUGAAGAAGCAGAAGCAGAUUUUAAAAUCCAGUUUGAAGACUCUCCUGAUCUGGGAAUGACAGUUGACAUUUAAUGAACAAAAUUCAAAACAACAUGAGGCAAAAGAAAGAGACAUCAAAGACUUGAACACUAUGAAGUGCCUAAAAAAAAUAAACUGUUGGAUUGUUAAACAGUUAAUAGAAAUAUUAAUUGCAUGUCUUUGCAUUUCAUGAAUUUCUUUUUUAAACAUUAAAAUGUUUUAUUGAAAAAGUGCAGUCUUUCUGGGAACUGUAUAAUUUUGUUCAUAAAAUACUAUAUUGUGUAUAAUUUUGUUCAAAUGCAAAACAAUUUUGUUGGACUGCCAAUUAUAACUCAGCUGACUGUGUGUUUGAUCUAUUUAUCACAUGCUAGAUUGUACUUUUUUAUUGUCUCUUUUGCUGUUUACCUGCUGACAUUAGUUGUAUUAGUGCCAUUUGAUUUAUUUGUUUUAUAUGAAAACUUGAAUAUUGCACUGGCUGUUUAGGCAACAGAAAGUCAAGUUACUGAUUUUUCUUCCACAGGCACUCGGUUGUUUACAUUAGUGCAUUUACUGCAGAUUCCAGCAUUAUCAUGUUGUUUUCCCUUUUUGCAAACACAGAGAAUGUUUUCAUACUGAAACUGUAUUUAUGGUUUGAGGUUUGUUCAAAUUAAACUUCAACUAUCAAAUUCAACUAGA